AUGAAGGUAGGUUCCAACCGCGACAGAACAAGAGGGUUGUCUCCCCUUUCAUGUAUCUACUUCUUCAAUUGUUAACACAAGAGAGAGAAGCAAUCGCUUUAGAUCUUUCAUUGGUUUGCAGGCGUGUUGUGAAGCCGACGAGAAUGCCGGCAAGCGGCCUCGUGUGGACACUUAUGACUCAUCGCUCGCUGCUGCUGGAGGUGGGAAGAGGGACCCGUGAAGGGAACAGAUCAGACUCACUCAUGGCCGGCUGCCUUCCUUGUGUGAUGCUCUCUCUCUCUGAUGGCGGAUGUGGCACUGGUGCAGCUGUAGAUGGAGGUCAGCAGUUGGACCAACAGAUGCGGCCCGUCAUAGACUGGGUCAGCGACAGAGCCACCUGAAUGGACGACACACGCAGGCACACUUGUUGGCUAUGUGUAUGCCCGUGUGUUCAUUCAUUCCGUCAGACUGACAAGGCGAAUGUCCGCGGGCUGAUCCCUCUGUUAAAGAAGGUCAAAUCGCUCGGGGCGCAGACGGCGGCCGUGCUGUCAGAGGUGCGACCAUACGUCACCCCCACACUGGCCGACAAGGUACACACACACACGUAUGCGCCCAUCUCCCUCUGUCUGUGAGUGCUGAUGUGUGUGUUGGCAGGUGCCGGGCCUGUCGAGUAAUCUUCAGACGUUGGAGCAGUCAGUCGCGUGGCGAUAUGACACGCUAAGGGGUCUCAUCAAGACACUCGACAGCGUGGCAGUCGCCAAGCCGCCACUCCCUCAGCCCAUCGCCAAGAAACCCCUCCCGCCAGACGCCAAAAUAUCUCAGGCACGCCACAGAUCAGCCCAAACAUCCACACACACGACAUGUGUGCCCCUGUGUGUGUGGUCAGCUCGGUCGUCCGUGUCUGGACGGCCUGCCGCCCGACGUGGCGCACAUUGUGUUGGCCUUCCUGCCCACCAAAGACGCCGCGCCCCUCUCACGCGCCAACCGACCGAUGAAAUAUCGCGUCAUCGACGACACAAGAGGCGUGUACCGCCACUUGGUCAUUGGUGUGGACGAGCGAGAGUGGUGGGAUAAGGGCAUUCGGAGGAACGCCGGGCGGACACUCGAGGACAUCGGUAUCCAUGGCGACAUGAGGAGCGAGGAGAAUGAAGAGCAGCGGGAGGGAAACGAUAAUAAGGGGGAGGGCGACGGGGCGGACAUCAGACGGCAGAGAGAGAACGAGACGCUCAACAACCUGAAGCAGAAACUGGUGGGUGGGUGGGCGGGCGAGGACAGAACACCAACUGACAUGCUAUGUGUCUGUCUCUUUGCAGAGUCGGUUGCGAACAGUACACAUCAGCAGUCACUGGAGGGCCCUCUCCUUCCCUCUCGAGUGCAUCUCACGACACCAUCAAGCGCAUGAAGCUCUGCGACACCACGGGCUACCCCUUCAGCGUGCCGACAUCGCCGGCCACUGUGGCCUUCUCGCAGCUGGAGGAGCUCUACAUCGAACCCUGGCCACAUGGGUAAGCAUCAGUGUUCCUAUGGUCACACCCAAGAUGUGUCCUGUGACAUGCGUGUGUGUGUGCGUGUGUGUGUAGCUUGGGUCUCUUCACGCGCAGAGGAGGGUGGCAGUUUCCAUCUCUUCUUUACCUGCGAGUUGGGAAUCGAGGCCUUUAUGACCAUGGUGUUAGGCUCAUCCUGGAGCGUGCCCCCAAGCUAAAGUUUCUGUGUAGCAAUCACACCUCUUACAUGCAGCCGCUGCAUGCUGCUGGAGUAAUUCUGUAUCCCUCCUUCUUGUUUGCAGCGAUCGAGCAGCUGAGAAUCACCGAUCGUGAGCAGGAUGAGACCUCCGUCAGGCCGAACUGCCCGCACCUCACCACCAUCGAGUGGGUUCAGCUCAGAGACAGCCAUUGGGGCAUGGCGCGGGACUUGGGCGAGCUGAAGCGUGCUCUCGAUGCGAUCUGGGGGAAGGCCAGCAUGCCAGGUGAGUGAGCCAGGGGGUGGGUGAGCCAGCGAGCCAGAACAGACUUGCUGAGUUGCGUUUGUGUCUCGCUGCCGGGCAGGAGUCGAGAAGAGGCUGGGCCUGCGGUGCGCUGAGGGCUUCUCGUCGCCCUUCGUGGUGCCCUUGGCCAGUGAGCUGCUCCAUCCCACAGACUCUGAUGCUAUCGGCCUUCCAGACUUCCUCGACUGGGCAUGUAAGUUGGUUGGUACAACAAAGCGACAAGUGGAGGACUGGAGAAUUGGAAUGCUUAGCAUCUCUCUGUUGUGUGGGUGUCUGCAAGCGUCGGUGAAGUGCACGGUCGAGUGGACGGCGCGUGAGGUGGUUGUGGACUGCUCCAGGGACCUCGUCAUUUCGCCUCCUGCACCCACUGGCCCCAUCGCCAAAAUGAUCAAAGACAUCAGCAGCACGGCCGAUAAGGUAAGCAGCGCAGUAAGACAAGAGGCCUCCAAGAGACGAACAUUCACUUCUGCUCCCUGUCUGUCUGCCUGGAUGCAGGUGACUCUGCGGUGUGGCGGGAAGCCUCUGGACCAGUCUUGGGCCGGCCUGCUUUCUUUCACAAAGGCCACCACGCUAUCGGUGAAGGGGCUGGGGUCGUCUCGGACCCUUUCGAGUGUGCCCCAGUGGAUGGCAGCAAAGAGCGAGACCACCGGUGGCAAUCGCCACCUGCCCAACAUCACCAGCCUCAACCUCACAGGGGGCGACGGCUAUCGGAAGCUGUGUGGUGACGUGCGUGCAGGGCUUGAUGGCCUGGGUGCGUUGCUGGGCACAUUAGACAGGCUCACGACAGUCAGUCUGACCCGUUUGCCGAACCUGGGUAUGGCAUCGUUUUGCCUGUCGCAGCUGCCCCCCACUGUCGAGCUAGAGAGUGUGUGUGUGGAGGCAUCAGUGUGUCGCUCAGGGGUGCCCACCAUCUCUGACUCUGCCCGAUACCCUCACAUCGCCUCGCUAAGUGUCGAAGUGAUCGAUAGCGGCACGAUAGAUGAGGUUGCGUCUGGCGUAGCCUUUGCCUCUGCUCUGCGGCCGGCAACCGUCUCUCUGGAAGCGUGCGGCCGUCUGAGUGCUCUGCACAAUCGGGAAGGGGGUGAGAGCAGAGAGGCUUAUUGCCGUUCCGUAGUCGAGCAGUGCAUUGAUCAGGCAGAGGAAGCCCACUAUGGGCUGCUUGCCGAUGAGAGCAAGCCGAUUGAAGAAGACGAGGAAGGGUUCUACGAGGAGGAAGUGGGUUACUUCUCUAGUGUAGUGCUGAAGGUGGCGCGGCUGCCAUCUGUUUAGCCUCUCCUGGGUGUAAACAUACACACACCUCUAGCUACCUGGCUGGCUGCAUGGUGAUAUGAUAGAUAGACAAAUGCGGGAGGGGAGGGCGUGGGUGCUGCAUGCUGCCGACGCCGUCAAUGCAUGUCUGUCUUUAAUUCACAGCUGAAUUGAUCUAUCUCAUGCUCUUCGCUUCUCAACCACAGUGCGAUGUGAUGAGCGUGAUCCCGCGUGUCGUGCACUGCCCGUAAGGACCAUUACGUGAGUGCAAUGGCGCGGGUUCAAUCAAGCGUAGUACGGAUGAAUGAAUGUGGGUCGACC